AUCUUAAUCACUAAACAUGCCCUCUGAUGACAUUUACUGUAAGGAGGAAGAAAUUAAAGUAAGAAGAAAAGAUGCAGAACUUCAAAGAUGUUGCAACCAUAAGAAAUGGACUGUCAUAGCAGUGUUUCUUUCUGGAUGCAUCAUAGUAACUUACAGAGUAAUUGAAUAUAAAUUUAUAAUAUGUCAACAAAACAAGACUACUACUUCCCCUGGUGAAGAUGGAAACACAAUAUAUUCGAAUACGGAAGAAGGACAAUGGUUAAAGCACAAUGGAAAAUCGUAUUAUUUUGCAACAGAAAAACGCUCUUGGGAUAACGCAAACACUUUCUGCAGGAAGCAAAGUUCAAACCUCACAAUGAUCAAGUCAACUGAGGAACUGAAUUUCAUAAAGAAUCACACUGUUACAGAAAUAUGGAUUGGAUUGAGAAAAGAGAAUGAAAAAUGGAAUUGGAUCGAUAGGACAACUUUUCAGAACAACAUAUUUAAAGAAGGUAUUCAGCAAGUGAAGGCUGGGAUGGACUGUGUUAUGAUAAUGAAAACUGGUUUGAUGUAUGCAGUACCUUGCAAAACUCGUUAUCACUGGAACCCACAGUCUAUGGGACUGACUGAAGAAUUUUAUGACAGGGUCGAGGAAGUGCCUAAAACUAGUUUGGCAAGUGAUUCUCUGCAGGACUCUCUCUAUAAAGCCCCAUAG